GGACACUUCCGGCGGCCCAGCCCCUUUCGCGGAAGUCCCGUCUCCCCGCCCCUCAGUUCCGCCUCGGCCGGCCAACGAGAGGCGAGAGAAGCUCGGGCUGCCUCCCUCCCUCCCUUCCUUCCUCAGCUGCUCGGGUGCCGGGAGAUGGGCCUAGCCCUGAAGGGAAGCACAGCGAGGCCGGGGCCGGGUAAAACAGGAGUAUUGAGCAAUAACGUAAAGACUUCCUGAAUCCUUUUGAGAAGACAUAUCUCUAUAUUAAGAUGCCUGCUGUGGCAUCUGUACCUAAAGACCUAUAUCUGUGCACUUCUUUGAAAGAUCUUAACAAAAAGACUGAAGUAAAACCUGAGAAAACCAGCACUAAGAGUUAUGUACAAAGUGCUCUUAAGAUCUUCAAAGCAGCUGAAGAAUGCCGUUUGGAUAGAGACGAAGAGAAAGCCUAUGUACUUUACAUGAAAUAUGUGACCGUUUAUAACCUUAUUAAAAAGAGGCCCGAUUUCAAACAUCAACAAGAUUAUUUUCAUUCCCUACUUGGACCUACAAAUGUUAAAAAGGCUAUCGAAGAGGCUGAAAGGCUUUCAGAAAGUCUUAAACUUAGGUAUGAAGAGGCAGAAGUUCGGAAGAAGCUGGAAGAAAGGGAAAGAUUGGAAGAGCAACAGCUGAAAAAACAAGAAUCAAAAGACGAUGCAAAGCCUUUAUCCAAAACAUAUUCAGAAAUUUCAUCAGAUCCUAAAGGAAAAACUCAAAUGGUCAAUGGAGAGAGGAAGAGUUCAAGUGAAAUAAAAGAGCUGCCUGAAAGUGGAGCAAUCACGGCAGAGAAAUUGUUUACAAUGAUGAUGGACAAAAGCAUCAAGCUGAUGAUAAUGGAUGCUCGAUGCUUGAAGGAUUACCAGGAGUCCUGCAUCAUAAACUCCGUCUGUGUUCCAGAAGAAGCGAUCAGUCCAGGAGAAACUGCUAACCUGAUUGAAGCUAAGCUCCCUGAUGCUUCCAAAGAGGCAUGGAAAGAGAGGGGGCAAGCCAGUUAUGUUGUUUUGGUCGACUGGUUUAGUUCAGUAAAGGAUUUGCAGUUGGGAACACCUCUGCGAAGCCUCAAAGAUGCGCUUUUCAAGUGGGAAAGUAAAGCUGUGCUACAGAAUGAGCCCUUGGUCUUAGAUGGAGGUUAUGAGAACUGGCUUCUUUGCUAUCCCCAGUAUACGACAAACGCCAAAGUCAUUCCACCGCAACGCAGCAAGAGCGAAGCGGUUUCUUUUUCUCUGGAUUUUACAUAUCCGUCUUUGGAAGAACCAAUUCCCCCUCCGCUACCUGUUGUUCAUGUAAAGCCUUCUGUGGUGGAAGUGACAGAGAGACCAGAACCCCCAAAUGAUCAGGAAAAGAAAUUAGAAGCAUUUAAACCACCAGUUUCCGGUGGCUCAGUUGCUGUUGCUUUUAAGGGCGACAGUUCAUCUUCCAUUGUCUCGCCAGUAUCUGCCAUGAAGAUUAUUCCUCAGGUUGAUCGUACAAAAAAGCCUUCGACAAAAAUUCCAGACGGUGAUGAUAAGCCGAAAGCUGAGAGCCCAGUUAUUGGUAAGCUGCCUAUUUCAAAUGGGAAAGUGGUCCCAGACCGCUCCAAGAAGCCACAAUUGGAUGCAAAGGUCAGCCUGAGUGAAGAGGAGAAAAUCCACAUCCCGGGAGAAAACGUUUCUCAACUAGAAAAAAACAGGCAGGAGAAAGAAGUGCAGGAAGAGCAGAAAGAGAAGCCGAAGCAGACAAAGCACGACCAAGAACCAGCGGCUAAAGAGGAGCAAGAAAAGAAGGAAGGCAGAGAAACACUUUUGAAUGAAAAAGAGCAGGCCAGUAGAGGAACGGGGGAAAAGCAAGAGAUGGAAAAGGCACCGAAAGAAUUGACAGAAUUUAAAAAGACAAGCAAAAUUGUGAGUGAAACUCCUGAAGUGAAAAAAAAUGAGAGUGAGAAAGCAAAGGUGACCUGGACGCCGGAAAUGCAGAGGCACAAAUUUGCAGAGGAGUCCCGUACCUCCGUGAGGGGCGACGCGGUCCCUAUCAAGCAGACUGAGAUUAAACACCAAGCAGAAACUCAAAAGCCAGGAGAUAUUAGCGAAGAUACUGAACCAGAGUCUGAAAAAAAUAAAUCCCAGCGGGAGCCAUUAACAAGAGCACGGAGUGAGGAGAUGGGGAGAAUUAUACCAGGAUUGCCUGCUGGCUGGGUUAAAUUUCUUGAUCCAAUUACCGGGACUUUCCGUUACUACCACUCUCCGACCAACUCAGUUCAUAUGUAUCCACCGGAAAUGACCCCGUCGGCCACUCCACCUUCUACCCCUCCGACUCAUAAACCCAAACCUCGGGCUGCGGAUCAGCGGGAGAGAGAACACUCCAAACUGAAGCGCUCAUACUCCUCGCCAGACAUAACCCAGGCCGUCCAGGAGGAGGAGAGGAAGAAAGUCACCAUCACCCCCACCAUCAAUCGUGAGAAUAAACCAGUAAGCUAUCCCAAAGCUGAAAUCUCAAGGCUUUCUGCAUCUCAGAUUCGUAAUCUCAACCCUGUCUUUGGGGGAAUGGGACCAGCGCUCACAGGCCUUCGAAAUUUAGGAAAUACUUGCUAUAUGAACUCCAUCUUACAAUGCCUGUGUAAUGCCCCACAUCUAGCGGAUUACUUCAACAGAAAUUAUUAUCAAGUUGAUAUCAACCGGUCAAAUUUCCUGGGGCACAAAGGUGAGGUGGCGGAGGAGUUUGGCAUCAUCAUGAAAGCCCUCUGGGCUGGACAAUACCGAUAUAUCAGUCCCAAAGACUUCAAGAUGACCAUUGGGAAGAUCAAUGACCAAUUUGCAGGGUACAGUCAGCAGGACUCUCAAGAGCUGCUUUUGUUUUUGAUGGAUGACCUCCAUGAAGACUUGAAUAAAGCCGACAACAGAAAGCGUUACAAAGAGGAGAACAACGACGACCUGGACGACCCCAAAGCGGCCGACUUGGCGUGGCACAAGCACAAACAGCUCAACGAGUCCAUCAUCGUGGCGCUUUUCCAAGGCCAGUUCAAGUCCACGGUGCAGUGCCUGACCUGCCAUAAAAAGUCUCGGACCUUCGAGGCCUUUAUGUAUUUGUCCUUGCCGCUUGCGUCCACUAGCAAAUGCACGUUGCAGGAGUGCUUUAGAUUGUUCUCCAAAGAAGAAAAACUGACAGAUAACAAUAGAUUUUACUGCAGUCAUUGCAAAACCCGAAGAGACUCUUUGAAAAAAAUAGAGAUUUGGAAGCUGCCGCCUGUGCUUUUAGUUCAUUUGAAAAGGUUUUCCUACGACGGACGAUGGAAGCAGAAGCUUCAGACGUCGGUGGAUUUCCCCCUGGAAAGUCUUGACCUGUCGCAAUACGUUAUUGGCCCAAAGAGUAACUCAAAGAGAUACAACCUGUUUGCUGUAUCUAACCAUUAUGGAGGGCUGGACGGAGGGCACUAUACCGCCUAUUGCAAAAACGCUACCAAGCAGCGCUGGUAUAAGUUCGACGACCACGAAGUCUCGGAGAUCUCCACUUCCUCCGUGAAAUCCUCAGCCGCCUAUAUCCUCUUUUACACGUCUCUUGAACAGCGAGCCCUUGAUGCAGCGACAUAAAAGAAACCUUUCAGGAAUUAUUGGCCUUCUUUUAUAAAUGCACCGUAGCAACUGGAGCUGGGAUUGAAAUAUACCGUUUCCUGUCUCGACCGGGCGACGGCUGCAGCCGUUUUUCAGCUAAGAUUAUCUAUUAGUGUUACUGCUUUCAGUCUGAAAACCAAAUGGGUAAUAACUCUGCUGCUUUAUACUGAACAGUUUGUUUCCCAAAUAACUUAUUUUAGCGAUGCUCCCAAAAUGGUAACUCUAGCUAUAACUGUCUGGGUUUAAGACGUCUGGAAGCCCAAAGCAUAUCUCUUUUAUUUUCUCCCCUCCCACAUUUAUGGCCUUUUCACACUAACCUUAAGCUUGAUUCUACUACUGUGAAUAUCUUAGGGUGAUGUCAGCAGGUAGGAAUGUAUGUGUACAUAAUCGAUUGCAGACUUGCACAUCCAAACUCUGUAUAUAAUAAAAAAAGAUAUUGUGGUCCUCUUGAGAACGACUAGAAUAUGGCGAGGGUUGCGCCGUCUAAAUCCUUGCGUCCUUUUAUGUAGCAAAGAGCAGAGCUGUAUUUUUUCUGUUUUGAGCAAUUAUAGUCUCUAUCUGCACACCUUCGGUCUGUGGUCUAGAAGAGGACCUUUCCUUUUUAACUUUUUAAUAUAAGAGUUUCAUGUACUCCUGUAUUUAAAAAAAAUACCUUAUUGAAACGACUAAUUAUUUGAAAAAUACAAUGGCCUGUUAAAA